AGGCUCCUCUGGGUGUCACUUCUGUCGGGGUCUCUGCCAUGAGCCUCUCCCAGCCCGGGUUAGCAGAGCCCAGGUGAUGCUCCCCCCAGUCCCAGCUCAGUGUCCCGCUUUGUUCCUCCCCUUGCAGAACGUGCUGCUGCAGAUGGGGCUCCACGUGCUGGCAGUGAACGGGAGGCUGAUCCGCCAGGCCCGGAGCUACAUCCUGCGCUGCCACGGCUGCUUCAGGACCACCUCGGACAUGACCAAGGUUUUCUGUCCCCACUGUGGUAACAAGACCCUGAAGAAGGUCGCCGUGAGUGUCAGUGACGACGGGAGCCUCCACAUGCAUUUCUCCCGCAACCCCAAGGUGCUGAACCCCCGUGGGCUCAGGUACCCGCUGCCAGCGCCGCAGGGCGGGAAACACGCCAACAACCCGCACCUGGUGGAGGACCAGCGGUUCCCGCAGCAGCGGCUCUCCCGCAAGGCCCGGCAGAAAACCAACGUGUUCGACCCCGACUACCUGGCCGGGGUGUCCCCGUUCGCCGAGCACGACGUGCACAGCCGGGCCGCCAACCUGCACAUCCGCGACACCACGCUGGGCGCCGGCCGGCGCCGCCUCAACCCCAAUGCCGUCACCAGGAGGUUUGGGAAGAAGAGGUGAGGGGCAGGAUGUGGCCCCCACCUGCAGGACCCGCCUGCCCAGGUGUUGUGGUGGCUCUGGGAGGGUGAGGCCUCUCCCAGACCUGGGAACAGGCUGGGCUGUUCCUCCCCUGCUUUGCUGGUGCCCAGAGCGGCUUCAACUCUUUGGUUUGGGGAGGCCCCCACCAGGGUGGAGGUGGGUGAGGUGGUGCCUUCCCUGCUCAGCCCCAGGCAACAGUUGUGUCCUAAUAAACACAAAACUCUUUAGCACCGUG